GAAGAUUUGGCUUCACAAUCGCAAUCCAUCCUCUGAAUAGGCAACAUUUUGUGGAAUUAUAUCACUAUAACUGAUCAGAAGACACUCUUAAGUUGUUGAAUCCGAAUCAGAAGGCACUGGGAAAAGGCGCAGAGAAAAAUUUUCAUACUCGAUGACAUUACAUCGCAAUGUCCGAUCGUUUGGGGCAAAUAACCAAGUCCAAGGAUGGGAAAAGCAAGUAUUCCUCACUCAGCCUAUUUGACAAGUACAAGGGAAAAUCAAUAGAAACUCAGAAAAAUACAGCAGUUCCACGACAUGGCUUGCAGAGUCUUGGCAAAGUGGCCGCAGCCCGGCGCAUGCCCCCACCUGCUCACCUACCGAGCUUGAAGUCUGAAAACAAAGGAAACGAUCCCAACGUGAUUAUUGUGCCCAAAGACGGUACAGGAUGGGCGAACAAGCAGGAACAACCCGAUCAAAAGAAUUCUAUUGCAUCAAUAACACAGCUGCCGGAGUUGCAGCCACCGCUGGCUUUACCGAAAUCUGUCUCCAAUCUUCAGAAGCCCUCACCAGUAGCCAGUCAGGAGAACACAAACACAGGUGGACCAAAGCAAUGGGCCCAGGUAAAUGGAAGGGCAGUCGAGAAAGAUGGUUCAAGGGCCUCAAACCGACUUCAGCCCUUCUCUCACGAGGAAUUUCCCACGCUGAAAGCGGCUGGAGAACAGGACAGGGCUGGCAAGGAAAGAAGCGGCUUCGAUCCGUCGUAUGGGCCCGGACCAAGCCUCCGCCCCCAGAAUGUGACGAGCUGGAGGGAAGGUGGUGGCAGGAACCUUCAGCCCUCAUCCCUCACCCUCAGCCUCCCAGUGGAUGCUGAGGGUAAGCUCACUGCCCUGGGAGAGUCUGGCACCCCUCCAGCCUCAUCUCACCCUUCCUCUGCCACCGUCACCACGACGUCAAGUGUGGUGACCAGUCAGUCACCAGGCCCUGACCCAAAAGAGCCUUCCCUCCGCCCCACCCAGCCUGUGCGCAGAACAACCGUCCCUACUGCUCUGCAGUACCAGCUUCACCACACUUCAAAUGCUGUCUACCACGACAUGCUGCCUGCAUUCAUGUGCUCUAAAGAGACUCGUGAAGCUACAGGUGCAGACAGUGUUCCCACCACUGUAGCAGCCCCAGCGCGAUUCGAAAGCAAACCCACUUUUAGGCAAAGCUACGCUAAACCUGAACUUGUAAAUGGAGAUGCAAGAAGAGAAAACCGCUUUGUGCGUGCUCCUGCUCGACCUUCUUCCCAGCCCAUCCGUAGGCCUGGUGAGAGACCCCAACGCCCAGCCAUUAUUAAUCCAGAAGAUUUGAAGGAUCUGGAUGACCUUGAUAAUGACUGUGAGGAUGGAUGGGCUGGACUUCAUGAGGAAGUUGAUUAUAGUGAGAAGCUCAAGUUCAGUGAUGAUGAAGAUGAACAUUCUACAAGUGAUAAAAACAGGAUGUGGGCUCAGUGGGAGAGAGAGAACCACCGGGACGGCCUGUCCUCCCUUAGUUUAGGCGAGACGUCUUACCCCCAGGACGGCCCCGAAGACAGUUAUCUCUACCAACAUCACCACCUUGAGCUUUCCCGGAAACCCAAUAGCAGAUACCUCUCUGGGGAAAGUCAGGUCCAGCAGAAAAGCCACAGUGACCCCGCGGCUGAGCAUGACGAUCACCGACAGUCUCAGAAUCCGGCGCCAGCUCGGGCUAAGUAUGUGUCGCCUGAGCUGUCCGAAGCUGUUGAGCGAGCCCGCAGACGGCGCGAAGAGGAAGAGAGACGUGCCCGUGAGGAACGGCUGGCUGCGUGUGCUGAAAAACUCAAAAAGCUGGAUGAAAAGUUUGGGAAGACUGAAAGGCAGACAUCACGAACAGAUGAUAGUCCAAAGGAGGUGGAAGGCAAAAGAGCUCCAAUGUCCCCCAACAGAGAACAGAGCAAAGGUCAACAUGAUAACUGGCAGUACAGCACUAAAGAAGGAAGUGAGUGUCUGCCAGACAACUCCCCUGGCCAUAGUUACCAGGAAGAGCUGGGCUUCUCCACCCAACGCAGUAGUGAGGAUGAUGGUCAGGAGCCCUCUUCCCCCCCGGGUGACUAUAAUGGACGUCAUCCUUCCAAACCACUCCCACCCCGCUUCCAGAAACAGUCGCAGCACCACCACCAGCAGCAGCAGGAGCAAGUGCUCAAGUUGCAGCAUUGGCAACAGCCAGGUCAUCCUACUUCAUCCAGCUCCAGCCAUGCCCAGCGGGGCUAUUAUCCCCCUCAUGUCCUUGGCUUUGAUCCCCGCUGGAUGAUGAUGCCACCUUUCAUGGAUCCCCGUAUGACCCAAGGACGAUCUCCUGUGGACUACUACCCCGCUUCUGUUCACUCUUCAGGAAUGGUAAAACCUAUCAUGCAUCCAGACCAGCUGAACAGUCCUGGCUCAGAUGAUGGUUGCCAUUCCAGCCAUCACCAAGAAAGGCGAGCCCCCUCUACAGAUCCAUACCCGGUGUGGAACCAGGACGGCUACCCAUUGCGCAGCUUCACUCCACCUUACCAGAGACAGCAUGAAGCUUCAGAUAAUGGCCAGCCUGGUGAUAGAGGUGACGUGCCCUCUUCUCAACAGGAUGCUUAUGAAGAUAGAUCCAGUGAGUGCUUGACACACACAGCGGAUGAUCUCCACCAUCAUGCUUACCAGAGCCGGGGAUCAGACAAGGAACACCAUGACCAAGGCCUGCUGACCACUGCUCAGAACCUUUGUCAACAUCUCUCAGAGGGUGAUUACACAAAACAAGACUCAAGGGACAAGCACCAGAAUGACAGUCCUGAUUCUCACAAUGACACUUUGGAGGGCUCCAAAGACAGCUGGAAAAGAGAUGGAAGCCAGAAACAAGAUGGAGGACUCAUUAAUUCCCAGAGCCAAUGGUCUGAGGUCAGUUCCAGUUCCAGCAGCAGUGUCAGUCAGCCAUCUGAGACCAGUGGACGGACUUUGACCCGCAGAACUGGUCCCAUCAAGAAACCAGUUCUUAAAGCUCUCAAAGUAGAAGAAAAAGAGAAUGAAAAACCUAAGUCGGAACCUGAGGAGAAGCCUGUUCCCUACCGCUUGGAGAAAGAAGUCCUUACUAAUGUUUAUGACUUGAAGAAAGAUAACCAGCCUCCCAGCAAUAGGCGCUCAGCCUCCCCUGUUGUUGAGAAGCAGGUUGAGGAGAGACGUCAGUCGCCAGCCCCCAGCAAAACUGACAGGCCUCUAAGCACCCACAGUGAUGAGUUUCCCAGAGAAAGCACCUGGGGUAGCAGCAAGAGCCAGUCAUCCAGGGACAGCGUUGAAAGUCGAGAAGCCCAGGCACCCCGGCGCAAUAACUGGAUCUUCAUUGAUGAAGAGCAGGCCUUCGGUGCAGUCAGGGGUACAGGCAGAGGCCGCGGCAGGGGCUUCAGAGAAUUUAGCUCCAGAGGUGGAACCCGUGGUGGCCGUGGUGGAGAUACUCUGAGAGGUGCAUAUAAUAACAAUACCAGUAGUGCCGCUCAGCGGGGGGGUAGAGGACGGGCACCACCCAGGGACCUGGUUAAGGUUGAGGAGUUCCAGAGGGGCAAACCCCGCAGACGCAAUGUCAGCGAGACCUUGAGUGAAGCCUCGGAAUACGAGGAGCUUCCUAAGAGACGGCGUCAGAAGGGAACAGAGAACGGAGAGGGGUGCACAGAGUCUGGAGAAGUCCGUAAGGCUGAUAGAGACUCCUGGAGAUCUAACAAGGUCUACAUGGAUGACCAGACAGCUCCAGAUCCCAGAGAAAAGAAUAAGGCCGGCAGGAGUUUUGGAGGUCGAGUUCUGCCUCCCAGGCUGAACACUGCUGGUAGCUACAGCCGAGGCUUUGGAGGAUCCAGGGACAUUUCCACAUGGAGGGGCCGUGGGCAACAGUACAGCAGCAACAGUGGUCCCAUGCAAGAAAACGGUUAUGGCCCUGGAGCUGAUGCUACUUACUCCCACAGACCUGCAGUUGACCGUGAUUCUCUUAAGUACGCUCCCAAGUUUACGGUAACGUUUAUGGAAAACGGCAGUGAGGACCGUGAAGGGGAAUACUACUUUGAGAGUGACAACCCCGACAGGCAGAUGUUAAGAAGACGUCGUCCUCCACGUCAAGACAAGCCACCUCGUUUCCGCCGUCUGCAGCAAGAGAGAGAACCCGGUUCCAACCAGUGGACAAGUGACGAGUACAUAAAUGGGGAUUUUGCCAAUCCCUGGACAGGUCGUCCCAAAAGCAGCGCGGACGACAACUGGCCCAGCGGCCACUACUCGGGACGCUCCGGUCAGCAUGGUCAAACUGAGGAAUGGGAAACAGGAUCCGAUAAUAGUGACUUUGCUGACUGGAGAGAAAAGCGAGGUGGUGGAGGCAUGCCUGCACAGGGACAUGGCGACAUUCCCUCAGACUCUGGCCAAUGUGAACCUGGCAGUGGCGAGAAGAGGGAACUUUCCAAAAGAAGCUUUUCCAGCCAGAGACCUCUGGUGGAGCGGCAAAAUAGGAAGGGAGAGCCGUCACUGUUGGAAGCAAGCAAGAUAGUGCGCACACCUGAUAAUCCCCCUACUUCGUCAUCCAACAGAAGCGAUAAUUGGCAGAAUGGAGGGACAUCUUGUAAAAGCAGGAGUCCAGAUGAGUCUGGCUCUGUUUAUGGCAUAGAGCCAUCACCAGAGGACAUGGAGCCCAAUGAGACCUCAGGGAAGAAAUCUGACAAGGAGCAGAAGACGGGGACUGUCAAGACUGACAUCGAUGAGCCUCUUUCCCAGUAUGAGCUCACCAGCUUUACAAUUGAAGGAGACACUGGUUCAAAUCCAGAUGGAUACCAGGAUGCUUUGUCCAAAAAGCAAAGACGCCCACAGGAUGAUGACAGAAGGAGGAAAGAACAAGGAACUGCUGUGUCUGUCAAAAACAGGACACUUGCAUCCAAAAUACCUCCACGCUUUGCAAAAAAGCAGGGCAGCAUGAGUUGUGAGCCUGAGGAAGCAAUUUCUUCCUCCAACAAUCUGGGAACUGAAAUCUGGGAGACCAACAGCUCAGCUCUUUCAGUUCAGUCUUCAGCUGGAGACUCCUGGACUAAACAGGUGUCUUACACUGGAAGCGAACCCAACUCUGAGGACUCAGACGCUGGCCCAGAACAGAGUAAGGAACAGCACAAGCCCGGGCCCAUCGGGAAUGAACGCUCUCUGAAGCACAGGAAGGGCUCAGAAGGUGUCGACAGGCUGGAAGGAGGCCCCAUCACACCAGUCAACGGCGUGGACCUUCACGUGGAUGCUGGAUUGCCCGUGCCGCCCAUCGAGUUUGGCGUCAGUGCCAAAGACUCUGAUUUCAGCCUACCACCGGGCACCACUCCAGUGCCCGUAUCCAAUCCCGUUAAGCUUCAGGAUGCACUUAAUACCAACACUUCGCUUAAUCAGAGCAUCCCUAUUUUGCGCUCCAACCACCUGCAGCCGGGCAUUAACCUCAACACCAUCUCCUUCCCCAGCGCUGAUCUCACUCUGAAGAUGGAAUCGGCACGCAAGGCAUGGGAGAAUUCCCAGUCCCUCCCUGAGCAAGGCUCCCCCGGUGGGGGGGCUUCAGGUGCUCAGCCUCCCUGCAGCACGGGUUCAUCCACUGGUGUCAGCUACAGUUCUUUUGGAGUUUCUAUGCCUCCAAUGCCCGUCGCAUCAGUGGCUCCUUCCAUGUCAAUGCAAGGAAAUCCCAUUCCUCCUCUGUAUCUGGAUGGUCACGUCUUUCAAAGCCAGCCGCGCCUCGUUCCUCCUAUGACCCAGCAACAGACCUAUCAACAGGCAGCGGCUGCUCAGCAGAUUCCCAUCUCGUUGCACACACACACAUCUCUCCAGGCUCAGGCUCAGCUGGGGCUCCGGGGAGGUCUGCCUGUGUCUCAGUCCCAAGAAAUGUUCAACUCCAUGCCCCCUUUCCGGUCCCAGGUUUACAUGCACCCCAACUUGUCACAGCCCAACCCCAUGGUGCUGUCUGGUGGGGCCCCUCUCAAAGGCCCUUACUCUGCCUUCCCCGGCAUGCAGCCUUCAGACAUGGUGAAACAACAGUCAGGCUCCCACUACCAGCCAAUGAAUGGCAGCCAGCAGCUGGUCUAUGAUAGCCAGAUGAACCAGGGGCCUGGUUUGAGCUCCUCACAGCUGAUGGACUCUCAGCUCAUUCAGGUUACUAUGCCCCUGCCUGGCUCACAGCUGCGCUACGGCUCAGCCCAACAACAUCUCAUCCUCCCGCAGUCCAUCCAGCUUCAACAGGGGCAGAACCUGUCGGUUGGAGCACCGCGUCGUAUGCUGCCACCGGGCUCACAGCCAGCUGUCAUGACUGGCAGCAGAGAGGGCUCACAGAUGGAAAUGAAAGGUUUCCAGUUCUCUGAGAAGGCCAAUCAUUCCCCUGGCUUAUCUGGAGGUUCCUACAGGCCUGGGUCUGCUAGUCCUAGUGGGAAGCCAUCUGGUCCAGGAGGACCUGUUGGCCCACUGCCUGCACAUUAUACUCAGCAGGUGAGGUUUCUCAUGAAUAUGGUCCCACCUGCCCAAGGCAGCAUGGUAAUGCACAUGCGCCCCCCCACCACAGGCCCUUUCCCAAACCCUAUCCAGAGACCUGUCAUGCAGGUCAACAAGCCUGUCAUCAUCCGUUCUCCCCCUUACCCCAAUCCUGGCCGUGACCCCUCCCACUCCACCCCUCCUUCGGUCCCUGAGCCCCCAGUCAAAGGGCCAGAGGAUGGCAUGAAGAGUAAAGCUUUGCGAGAAGUGCGCAAGGCAGUGGGGGAGGGCAAAUCCCCACCUGGGAGCAUGUCCAGCAAACUCCAGGACCCCUUACCCUCCACAGGUCAAACCAAACCAGCACGCACUGGAGCCAUCAAACCCCAGGCUGUCAAACUAGAAGAGGGCAAGGCAUGACAAUGGACCUUAGAAUCCUCAUCACCACCAAGCCUGCCAACACAAAGCUCCUUGACCAACCUCUGAGCCUUUUACCUAUUCCAAGGCACCAAGGCAAGGGCCAUACAAUUCAGAUAUCAUAAUGAAUUUACCCUUCUUGGACUUAAAGAACUGGACACUUCUUUCACACACGUAUAGAGUUAUAUAAAUAUAUAUAAAGAUAUAUAUGCAUACACACAGACCGUCUUUUAAGCAGAUUUCUUCAAAGUCCUCUUUAAUUUAUUAUUAGUCACUUUUAAGGGGAGAUUGGUAAAGAAAAAGUGAUAUUUGUGUUGUGUUUUUCUUGCAAGUUUGAGAAAAGGAAAGAGGCCAACCCAGAUGCUUAAUUUUUCAUACUGUUUUGCCAAACUGUAUUUACUCCUUGUACAUGGACUCAAGCCCUAAAGAUCAGACAAGACACUUGAUAUAACUUACGAUGACGCAAACUCUGUUUUUUCUUUUUAACAAAUUUGAAAUGCAGUGGGGCACUUUUGUCAUUUUCUUUGGUAUCAUGCUGGUAAAUAAAGGUUAUAGUCAUGACCACCCAUUCAAGUCACUGGUGAAGGACUUAUUUUAUUAAUCCAGAAAUAAAAACAAACAAAAAAGAAACUAACUCUAGUUUUUGAACAUUGUUGCAUGUCCACAUGGUCCACAAAGGUCAAGUGCGUCUCCCCAGAAAUGGCU